AUGGCAGCGACCAUAAAGUCAGAGCAAGAAGGCUCAUUCUUGGUGGAAGAUUCCUUUAGCGCAAAUAUUGACCUUCCCAUUGAGGCAUUUCAAAAUGAAGAAGACGAGAUUGUCCAAGAAUUUGAUGUUUUCCUGUCACCCGAGCUCGCCAAUCAAAUGCACUUGAUGCAAUUCCCUCUGCAGCAGGCUGCCUUUUCCUCUCCAGAUGCCGCUCGCAUCAAGCCGCAACAUUGUAUGAUGGAAGUUGAUUAUUCUACACCAGAGAAUGUGGGAGAACAUGGGGGCUAUCAGAUAGCAACCCGAAGCUUUGUCAGUCAUACCAUUCCUGUAGGUACUCACAUGGCGUUGGGAAAGAUGGUCAAUAAGCCAGGUUUUGAAGGUCUGCAUUUGGUGCCGCUCUCGCGCAUAACUCAACUGCGACCGACUUUUAAGCAUGUCGACGAAGCUACUAUUAGUGCGACAGCCACCACGGAGGAGGAUGCACUUAACGCAGAAGCAGAGUUGUCAAGUCUUGGACGGAAACCUCUCUCGUUCCAAAAGAAGGAAUCCGAACGAGCCGCAAUGAUUCGAAAGUCUACCUAUGCAUACAAACGAAUGAGUGAAGAAUCAGAGCUGUGGCAAAACUUGAAUGUACAUGAUUGUGAAUCCAUGGAAGCCAAAUCAACAAUGGACAAGGUUACAGAGGGUACUUCCCAACACAACUUGAUGACUCUCACCAAUCCAAGCAGUGCCGCCGGGCCACUCAAUGAUGAAUAUAUCCGAACUUUGAACUAUUUGCCCGGAAGAAACAACGAACAAGAAAAUGAUGGCGAAGUAGAUGCUGCAGCUGUCGUUACAAAAUUGGUGGAUCUCAUGCAAGAGGGCUGGCCAAUUCCCUACAAGAUUCUAAAGAGUCAAUUCUCGUCGUCAAUUUCGGAAAAUAUGCUCAUUGAAGCGCUCGCGAGUUGUGCAUUUUUGGUCCGAGGGAACUUUGUGCUGCAAUCCAAACUUUUGUCGUUCAGCCAGUCCAUUGCACAUGCCAGAACUUUCGUGCUGUUCCUAUUUCAGACUAUUGAGGUCGUGCACCGUCUCAGACUGGAACAGGUGUACGAAGACGAUGACGAAGUGACCUCGGAAAUUAUUUUAAUGCUACUCAAGCAAGUUGGGAGAUCGACACCAGAGGGAUGGAAACUGCGGGUGGAAGAUGAUCCUAGUUUUGGUAUAAACCACCCAACCGCAGUUGUGGUACAUUUGAGCUUUUGGACCAGUCAACUCAGAAGAUUCCAGCCUCUUUUGGACUUAUAUCGACAAGACGCAACGUAG